GCCAAGAAAAUGAAAUGGGCAACGAACUGACUGAUUUACCAGAACCGGAUAUAGUGGAAGCUGUCAAAGAAACUGGGAGAUCCUCAGAAAUAACAGAAGAAGGAAAGGAAGAAUCACAGGAAUUCAACACUUUGGAAAAUUCCAGCUGGUAUCGGCAUAACGACCGGAGUGGUAUGUUGGAUCUCACGAAAGACGCUGAAGAGGAAGAGAUAGAGCCCAAAGUGAAAUCGGAACUCGAAGUCAAAUCGGAACCUGAAAUUAAGGUGAACCAAGCAGUUGUUAAAGAAGUGGAGACUCAUCUUCAAACGUCGAAAUCUUCAGUGGCGAACAAGGCCACCAAACCCUCAACGGCGGCCACAAAAGAUUUCCAUCCACUAGAAUCACAGGAAAUCAACACUUUGGAAGAUUCCGGCUGGGACUGGUACCGGAAAAACGGCCAGAGUGCGAUGUUGGAUCUCACGAAAGACGCGGAAGAGAAAGAGAUAGAGUCCAAAGAGAAAUCGGAACCCGAAGUCAAAUCGGAACCUGAAAUUAAGGUGAACCAAGCAGUUGUUAAAGAAGUGGAGACUCUUCGAACGUCGAAAUCUUCAGUGCCGAACAAACCGACAACGGCGGCCACAAAAGAUUUCCAUCCACUAAGUAGAAAACCGAAGAAGAAAAAUUUGCUUACACGAAUCUUGAAAUCGAAUACUAUUGACACAACCGAAAAGAUGCCUAAGAUCAAAUUGGUCAAAAUGAAAUCGCUGGAUGUUAGCAUGAACGGACAAGUGACCACCAUGUACGUUGACAAAGGCAAUUUCUAUUCCGCAAUAAACAUGGAUUUUUGGAGAGAACUAGGACGUCCAAAGCUGGAAUCGCUCUCCAAAGAAUGGAUCAAGAAAUACGGAAAUUACAAGUUCUUGAAAGUAGCAGACUUCAAGGGUUAUUUCAAUGCACACAUCAAACUGACCGAAGAUGGAAAUAUAUGUACAGUCUUCUGCUUAACCAAAGCAAGGCUCCAGAUUUGAUCGCUAAUGAUGAGAAAGAGGACAAAACUAGUAAGUUGGCCCAAGACCAAGAAGCGUUGAAGGAAAAGGUGAAGGGAGAAAAAUUUAAUCUAUACGAAAAG